AGGUUUCUCAAUGAAGUUCCUAAUCUCAGCGUUUCUCCUAUUGACAGACACUUUUGUAAGGCCAGCCGACAGCGACCACUUCGUCAGAUGCUACAAAUUCAAUAUCAUAUCUUUGCCAUUUCACCAGGCCAAGCAGAUAUGCGCCGAUUUUGGUGGACAUCUUGUCUCCCUACGGGGAGAACUUGAAGAAGCUAUGUUUGACGAGAUGGCGCAUCAGCACCGCAUUUGCCCUUCAUACUUUCUUGGUGAUGAAGUGCACGGAAGAGCAUGGAUCAAUACCAGAAGCAAAGCGAGGGGGCAACUCAAACGCAAUGAAACAUGCGCGACGGCAAGCUCGGUUGAUGGGGUGUGGAACUCGGUGGCAUGUUCGGACCCAUUUUCGUAUGUUUGCGCAACUGCCACUUCACCGUCAAAUGACCAUCGUCCCUGUCCCAGAUGUCCACCCAUAAAAGCAUGUUCCGGGCAUUGCGAAAACGGCUGGACUUAUUUCAACAAAACUGACGCCUGCUAA